UCCAAUCCUUCUCGCGUGUAACUUCCGAACUCAGGAACAACACCUCCCCCUUAGAGCCCAUUAGGAAUAGAGAAAGAGCAAAGAAAGCAAGAAAAAAAAAUAAAUAAAUAACCUAGCAAUAAUUAUAGAUUUUAUAUACGAGAGACAACACGAUACACAAUUACUCAAAGCACACAAACGCAUACACCCCAUAACCAAAGGAAGAGAGAGAAAGAGAGAGAAAGAGAGAGAGAGAGGAGAAAAGAAGCAGUGGGAAAAAACACAAAAGAGAACCAAAAACCCAGAAUCUAGAAAGGGAGCAAGAAACAGCUCUAUCAUAUCACAUAGCAUACCAAAUUCAACACAACACAGAACAAGAGAAAGAGAAGGGAAAAAAAAGGAAAAGAAAGAAAGAAAAAAAAAAGUACUUCCUUCAAAAAAAAAAUAUUUUUUAUAGAAUAUUAUACCAUUUAUUAAGAUUGUUAUUUUUGGUGUAUUCGUGUUUCCUGUGAAGAGAGGUAGAGAUCUUGUCCUCCUACAAUGUCCACUUUGUAGCGGGCAAGGUAAUCUCUUCCAGCAAAAUUUCCUCUUCUAAUCUCUUUCACCAAUCGAAAUUUCACGUUUUUUUUGUUUUCUCGUUAACGCUUCGAAUCAGAGCUUCUUUUCCCCCUUUUGAUCGAUACCCAUUAUUGCUUAGGGUUUCUUUGGAUCGAAGCUCGGCAGUUGCGGAAUUUGGAAAUUUUCCGAGUGAUUAGGGUUUUGAUCAGAGUGUGUGAUUCAACGGAAGACUGAGGGUUGCUCCUUCGUGAAAUGGGCAUGAGCUCUAGUCUCUUCAAGGGUUCAAAUUGUGGAUUUGGGGCUAAGGUGUUUGAUCAUUUGCACUUGGAGAUUGCUUAAGAUGGGGAUGAACAUUGCUACUAUGAGCAUGGAAGAGGAUUGUCUAUAUCAGUAACAGUGAUCAAGAUUUUGAGAACGGAUUUUUGAAACAGUACAAAAAGCCUUUCCCAGUCUUUCAUUUUUGGUGUUCCCUUGUUCAGUCUUAGCUGGGGAAUCGUUUUGGUUUCUGGCCUUGGCACGGAGGAAAAGUUGAUCAUUCUUUGUUUAUAGUCGAGGAAACACAGAGGAUCUGAUUUUGGUGGUCCAUUAUUGUUUCUGAAGAAACCCUUUUGGAUUGACAUUGUUAGGGUGAGCUUAAUACCAUACCAUAGUCCAUAGUGCUCCCAAACUUAUACUGAUUGGGUUUGUGUUGAAUCCUCAUCUGUGGUUGCACUAGGACUUUACUGAGUUAGACUUAGAUUGAGUAGUUGCUGUGCUCCGCAGUUUUGAAUUAAGUUCCGAAUAAUAGUUUGAGCUGUUUUCAUAUUUUGGUGAAGGAAAGCAAAGCUUGGUGGUUUCCGAAAUCCGUGUUUCUAGUGAGCAAGAGGUUUAUGGAGGAAUAUUAAAACUGGAAAUGAGUGUGAUGACAUGGUGCAUGGACAGGAGCAUAGUUGCUGUUUCGUUCCCUUUCUGGAACAUUGCUGCUGGAAACUAAUUGAAGCACUCUCAAUUUUGGAAGGAUUUUGCACUGGGCAUAUCUGGAUUUUGUGCAAUGUCGCGGUGCUUUCCAUUUCCACCACCAGGAUAUGAAAAGGAAGCUAGAACAGAUGAAGUAGACUUGUUAAAAAAGGAAAAGCACAAAGAAAAGAAACAUAAAAAGGAGAAAAAGGACAAAGAAAAGAAAGAAAGUAAGGAGAAGAGAGAAAAAGAAGGAAGGGAUGGAAAACAUAAGGAAAAGAAGGACAAAAAGGAUAAACACAGAGAAAAGAAGAAAGAUAGAGACAAGGACAAGGACAAGGACAAGGACAAGGUCAAGGAGAAGGAUAGGGACAAGGCAAAGGUGUUAGAUAGAGAUAACAGUAAAACAGGUACUGCGGAUGACAAAGAAUUUCCACGACAUGCUGAGGGUCCAAAUGUGGGUAAAGCCUACCAAAAGGAUUCCAGGCAAAAUGAUAAGAAGGGUACUCUUGUUGAGGAGAAACCUGCCAAACAGCAUACCAUUGACAAUGGGGAGAAGGCCAGACAAAACAAUCAUCUGGCUAAGGAGAACAAGGAUUCUAAAAUCCUCAUGGAGUUGGAUAGGAUGGUUAGGGGUGGUAACGGAGGAGCUGAAAAUCAUUUGGUUCAGUUCACAGAUAUAAACCACAGGAAAGAGGAGGAGGCUGUUAGGUUUGUGGGAAAGGGCAGUGGUGCUUGGCUUGAUGGUAAGGAAAAACUCAAGGAUAAGGCUUUUAUUGCUAAGAAGAUCGAUGCAAAAGGAAUCCCGGCUCAAGACCGACCUAUUGCAAAUGCAGCUGUUCAGAAUCAUGUUGGAAAUUUUCAUCCCAGAGUUGAUGGAGCACCCAAAGUUUUGGAGAAGAAUAGGACUUUGGAAGCUGGAAAUAUUCAUCCCAGAUUUGAUGGAUUAUCCAAACUUAUGGAGAAAAAAAUUGAAAAGACUUUGGAAGCAAGCAUUGAAGGGAAAGAGAAGGUUAAGGAAAAGAAAGAUGAAGGAAAAGAAAAGGUUAAGGAAAAAAAAGAUGAAGGAAAAGAAAAGGUUAAGGAAAAAAAAGAUGAAAAACGGAGAGAAAAAAGGAAAGAUAGAGAGAAGGAGAAAAAAGGGCAUGGAAAGGACAAAGACAGGGACAAAGAGAAGAAAAAAGAGGAGAAAGCUAUGGAGCAUACCGAAGUUAAAAACAUAGAGCUCAAUAAAUCAAAAGAAUGCAACAAAGCUGGUCCUAUAGGUUUAAAUUCUUUGUCACAAGUCAAGAAUGGCCAUGAGAAUGCUGUUACUGGUGAAAAUCCCAAGAAACGAAAGGAUGUUGAAUCAAAUGGAGUUCCACGUGCCAAUGACAAUUGGCCUAGUAAGCUGCCAAGACCAUCUUCCUCUCACCUGUUCGCCGAAAAUGGAAGGAUAUUGGAACCAUGCCAAAUUUCCAUUCCAAAUGCAUCUGACAGGCAAGGAGGAGCAGCCCCUAAUGUUAAGAUAGAAAACAAGGCAGGCAAGAUAAACGGCAUCAUUGCCACUCAGCCGUUUGAAGUUCCCUCAAACAAGAGCCAUAUUGCUCCUCCUGCACCAGCUGAACCGGUCAUUGCAGCAACCAUAAAACCCCCUCAUCCGGAUACCAAGUACCUAAGCCAGGUAUAUUCAAUCCCGAAAAUGGAGGAGUGGUCUGGUUUCGAUGAUCAAGAAUGGUUGUUUGGUAGCAGUAAUUCUCCAGAAACGAGACGUGUGGUGGGAUCUUCAGAGGUUACAGAACCACAUCAAGUAUGGGCAGAAGGUUUGCACAUAGAGCCAGUAGAUGUCUUUGCUCUGCCAUAUGUCAUUCCAUACUGAUUGACUACACGCAUGAUUGGCACAUGAUACUUCAAUUAUAUAGUCGGCACGAGGAAACCCUCCUUUCUAGCCCCCUAUAUGGGACCAAAACUGCAGCACGAGGGAGGAGCUAGGAACUGAUUCCAAAUUUCUUGAAAGCAUUCUUUUGUUAUUUGCGCACACACUGCAACAAAGUAACCAGUGACUGCUGAUUGCAUUGAUCUUAAAACUGUCUGGGGUGGUGACUUGUGGAGUCUGACCAAUCACUCACCUUGGACCAACUUUGUGUCACUAUUAGUUGCAUUGUUUGAUGCAUUGCUGCAGGGCCUGGUUUUGGGGUGCAAUUCUUGUUAUGCAGCCUUUGCAGGUUGUGGAUACUGGGAGAGAGAGGAGAGGAGCGGAAACAUGCUAGCUUGUGCAUCAUCUUGUUUAUCUUAUUUUUGUUGAGAGCUGAGGCACUGUUUCUAAUUGAGGAAUGAGAAUGUAAGAAAAAGAAUACAUGUGUGGCCUUGGCAACUCCACCACAAUUUUGAUUUGUAACAUAUAGAACUUUCUUUUAAAAGGAUAUGUAUGGUAGAGAAGGGAGCCCCCUCAAAAAAAAAAAAAAAAAAAAAAAAAAAUGAUCGGAUUCAUUCAUUCAGUAUCCUGUAAAUUUUAUUGGUCGUUUGAAUGAGUGUUACUCCUAAUAUGGUCAAGGUUGAUUUGAAAUAUAUUCUUGAAUAAAGGUAGCAUACACUGGCCAACCCUUUGUCUUGAAUUGAAUAUUUGAGGUGUAGUUGAUAUGCAUUCAACAAUGAACACCCUUUGUAAUUGUAAGUCACCAAACUAGGUUUUGCAAGUUAGGUUCCUU